AUGUUGAGUUAAUACUAAUCACAUGUUAGUACUAAUCGUUAUGGAUCGGUUGAAGGAUUAAAAGAACAUUAUCUUUAAUUGAUAUCGGAAGCUUAAUAAAAAAUCAAGUUUUUAGUAAUAGUAACUUUAAAUUUGCUGCUUUUGACAACUAUAACUAGUUUGAGUUGUUUGCUUGAUCCAGAAAUGUUAGGAAUUGAAUUAUGUAAAUGGUUUUCACAUUUGCUAACUUUGAUAUUGUAUACGGCAAUUUAUUUGGAUUUAAAAAAUGCGAACUCAGAAAUUCUGAAUGUCCCAAAAGAGAAUUUGAAACUGUUGUGUCUUACUUAUGAAAAGAGUGUAUAUGAAUUCCUAGAGGAGUUUAAAUUUUAAGAGAAAUUCGAUUUAAUAAACGUCUUGAUGUAUAGUUCCUUCAUUUGGAGUUUUUGGUUCAGCCAAUUCAUAUUUAUUUUGUCUACUAACAGCGAGAUAUAUCUAUUGUUAAUAAUAUCUUAUAUAUUGCAUAUGGUUCUAUAUUUGUUUGCUUGCAUAUAUUCUUGCUUUCGUUAAAGUCCAUAGAAUUGUGAAUGUUCAAUCUUGAAGUCCAAAGUAGGAUACUAAUAUAUUAAUUUGCCAAGUAAUUCCAUAAAAUAAUCUUAGGAUUAAUUGAAACUAAAAGGAAUACAUUUAAAAUGACCAUAAUUGUACUGAUGUAUUAUAAAAUAAAAUUAGCAGUGAUUGCCAAUUUUAUAGGUUCAUCAGAGAGUGAAACAAUAAUAGUGAUCUAUCUAUAUAUCAUUUAUUGUGCAGCCAUGAUCUUUAAGUAAUUCUAUCAUUUGAUUCUACUCAACAUGAUAAGCAAAGUAAACUAACGUCAUUUAAGUUGCUUUUAAAAUGCAUAUAUGUUAUACUAUAAGCUCUUUUUCUAUGAAUCAGGUUUGAAUAAGACUUUAAAGGCUAUUAUCUAUUUAUCAUCAUUUGGUUGUGUAAUUGUUUGUUUAAUCUUAAAUCUUAAAAACUAUUUCAUAUAUAUAGAGGAAUCUAUUUACAAAAUUGAAGUUUAUUUAGUUAAUGAUACUAUAUGUUUUAUUAUUUCACUACUCAUAUACAUAUAUUAUGCUGUCAAAAAGUAUUCAAAUAGAGUUUAAUUGGAUCAUCUAGAAUCAUAUGAAUCUCAAUUUGAUAUGAGAUUCUAUGACUUAAAUGAAAUUGUACCUAAUCCUUAUUAUAAUGCUUUAAGUAGAUACUUGUAAAUGGAAUAAUAGUAAUUAGAAGAGAGGAACCAUCGAGAAAUAAUUAGGAAAUUGUAAUUAUCUCCUGAUAAACCCAUUAAUUUGGAAGAAAAUGGAGAUUGUAUAAUUUGCAGAGAGAAAUUACUCUAAGAUCAUCAAUUAGUAGGAUUGCAAUGUCAUCCUUCUCAUAUUUUCCAUAAGGAAUGUCUCAUAAAAUGGGUGUUAUUACAUACUACUUGUCCAACAUGUAGAACUUCAAUUUAAUGA